UAUAUUCAACAAUAAGCAUCAACUUCUGUGGUGUGCAUGAGCUAAUUUAACCAUGGAUCCAAGAAUCUCCUUCUCCAAUGAUUUUGUUGUUAGCCAACAACAAGCAAUCAAACAUGAAAACAUAUACAGAGAAGCUCCUGUCUCUUCGGAUUUCGAAUUCUCUGUCAAAAACUAUUCCAUGAUAUCAGCAGAUCAAGUUUUUUUUAAGGGCAUGUUGUUGCCUAUGGGCAAUGAAUGCUCCAAGAAGGUGACUAUAAGAGAUGAGCUACUUAACGAUGAUGAUUCGCCGAAAUGGUCAAAGAGCUUAAGCCGGUGGAAGGAACGAUUAGGCCUAAAGCGAGGUUCAUCUAAGAAAGAUAAGAUUAAGAAUGAUCAUGAUCAUGGUUUUCUGCAAAGAUCUGUAGUUAACCAAAACGUUCCUAGUUCUGAACAAGGAGAAACAACUGUUAACAAAGACAAUAUGGAAUUGUUCUAUGAAGGAGGUGUAAGUUUCAAAGGCAAGUGAAAUCAAGAGGAAAUACAACAUGCUUUGUUUAGGAUGGAUGAUAAUAUGAUAGUAGUAUUAAAUAUUAAUAUCUAUCAAGUGUUAGAAUUUUAGGUGACUUACUUACUAUUGAGCAAGUUAAAUUUAACCUAUGUAGUAGAAACAAGUAUUAUCAUUAUCAUUAUCAUUGUACAAAUAUUUGUAGUUGAUGAAAUUCCAUGAGUGAGUGAGUACUUUAAUGUGUGAUGUGAUGCAUCCAUUAGUGUGGCUUUUGUUUAGAGAUAUAGUGAAUAUAUUAUAUAGCUAGUUGUUAUUUGUUUCCACCUUGUACUUCUAAGAAAGUUAAUUAUCUUUAUAU